AGCCCAAAAUGUGAAGGUUGCAAUCUUUGCAUUAGAAAAAACUCUUAAGCAACCUAUAACGUUAAACGACGGCAGCUUUCUCCUUCAGGCUUACCGGGAAUUGAUUGAUAUCAAGUUGGCCUCGAAAGAGUAUUCUAUGGCAGAGGAGUUAAUUAUGAAAGUUCAGGAGCUCCUUAAUAAUACAGCUUUUGUUUUUCCCGAAAUUGAGGUCCAGUGGCUACUCACAAAGGCUUGGAAUACCGGAGUUCAGUUUUAUAGCUCAUUAGAGUUCAAGCUUGCCGAGUCUUGGUGUCGCCUCGCUCUUUCUCUAGUCGAAAAUUUAAAAACUUUGAAGCAUAAUUACCAAGACCAACUUAACACCUACUUUGCUAAAAUUAUCAACGCCAAAUUUGAAGUGUAAGAUUACAGCUCUUACUUUAAUAAAGGCUU